GUACGCAUGUUGAAGUUGCUUUUAAACACAGCUUUUCUUCUUUGCCUGGCCAGGUAGCUUCUGUUUUCAUUUCAGUCUUAAUGAAAGCUUUCAAAUUUACAGCUCAAGUUACUUUUCAAAGCAGUUGAAAACUGAACCGAAUGGGGAUUGAGCUGCUCUGCCUGUUCCUGCUACUUCUAGGAAGGAAUGAUCACGUCCAAGGUGGCUGUGCCUGGAGUGGUGCAGAAACCUGCUCAGACUGCCUGCUCACAGGACCUCACUGCGCCUGGUGCUCCCAGGAGAAUUUCACCCACCUGUCCGGAGCUGGUGAAAGGUGCGACACCCCAGCGAAUCUUUUAGCCAAAGGAUGUCAGUUACCGUUCAUCGAAAACCCUGUCUCCCAAGUAGAAAUACUUCAAAAUAAGCCUCUCAGCGUAGGUCGACAGAAAAACAGUUCUGACAUUGUUCAGAUUGCUCCUCAGAGCUUGGUUCUUAAGUUGAGACCAGGGGGUGAGCAGACUCUGCAAGUGCAGGUCCGUCAGACGGAAGAUUACCCAGUAGAUCUGUAUUACCUCAUGGACCUCUCGGCCUCCAUGGAUGACGACCUCAACACAAUCAAAGAGCUUGGCUCCCGGCUGGCCAAAGAGAUGUCUAAAUUAACCAGCAACUUUAGACUGGGCUUUGGCUCUUUUGUGGAAAAGCCCGUUUCUCCUUUUAUGAAAACAACACCAGAGGAAAUCACCAACCCUUGCAGUAGUAUCCCCUAUUUCUGCUUACCUACGUUCGGAUUCAAGCACAUUUUGCCAUUGACGGAUGAUGCCGAGAGAUUCAAUGAAAUUGUGAGGAAACAGAAGAUUUCCGCUAAUAUUGACACGCCUGAAGGCGGAUUCGAUGCCAUCAUGCAAGCUGCAGUGUGUAAGGAAAAGAUUGGCUGGCGCAACGACUCGCUCCACCUCCUGGUUUUUGUGAGCGAUGCUGAUUCUCAUUUUGGAAUGGACAGCAAGCUGGCAGGCAUUGUCAUUCCCAACGAUGGGCUCUGUCACUUGGACAACAGGAAUGAAUACUCCAUGUCAACUGUCUUGGAAUAUCCAACGAUCGGCCAACUCAUUGAUAAGCUGGUACAAAACAACGUGCUACUGAUCUUUGCGGUCACCCAAGAACAAGUCCAUCUCUAUGAGAAUUAUGCGAAACUCAUCCCUGGAGCGACCGUGGGACUGCUUCAGAAGGAUUCUGGGAACAUUCUUCAGCUGAUCAUCUCUGCUUACGAAGAACUGCGGUCUGAGGUGGAACUGGAGGUAUUAGGAGACACAGAAGGACUCAACCUGUCUUUCACAGCUCUCUGUAGCAAUGGCAUCCUCUUCCCACACCAAAAGAAGUGUUCCCACAUGAAAGUCGGAGAUACAGCAUCCUUCAACGUGUCUGUGAGCAUAACCAACUGUGAGAAAAGAAGCAGGAACCUUAUCAUCAAGCCUGUGGGACUUGGGGACACCCUGGAAAUUCUCGUCAGCGCAGAAUGUGACUGCGACUGCCAGAGAGAAGUAGAAGCCAACAGUUCUAAGUGCCACCACGGGAAUGGCUCCUUCCAGUGUGGGGUGUGUGCCUGCAACCCUGGCCACAUGGGUCCUCGCUGCGAGUGCGGCGAGGACAUGGUGAGCACGGAUUCCUGCAAGGAGUCCCCAGGUCACCCCUCGUGCAGCGGAAGGGGUGACUGCUAUUGUGGGCAGUGUGUCUGCCACUUGUCUCCCUACGGAAGCAUCUACGGACCUUACUGCCAGUGUGACAACUUCUCCUGUCUGAGACACAAAGGCCUGCUCUGCGGAGAUAAUGGUGACUGUGACUGUGGUGAGUGCGUGUGCCGGGAUGGCUGGACGGGCGAGUACUGCAACUGUACAACCAGCAGGGAUGCGUGUGCAUCGGAAGAUGGCGUGCUGUGCAGCGGGCGUGGGGACUGCGUCUGCGGCAAGUGUGUCUGCAGAAAUCCUGGAGCUUCGGGACCCACCUGUGAGCGCUGCCCUACCUGUGGAGACCCCUGUAACUCGAGACGGAGCUGCAUCGAGUGCUACCUGUCUGCAGAUGGCCAGGCCCAAGAAGAGUGCGAGGACAAGUGCAAAGCCACCGGUGCCACCAUCAGUGAGGAAGAGUUUUCAAAGGAUACUUCUGUCCCCUGCUCGCUGCAAGGAGAAAAUGAAUGUCUUAUUACAUUCCUAAUAACUACGGAUAAUGAAGGGAAAACCAUCAUUCACAACAUCAGUGAAAAAGACUGCCCCAAACCUCCGAACAUUCCCAUGAUCAUGUUGGGGGUGUCACUGGCUAUCCUGCUCAUCGGUGUCGUGCUACUGUGCAUUUGGAAGCUGCUGGUAUCCUUUCACGACCGGAAAGAAGUUGCUAAAUUUGAAGCAGAACGAUCAAAGGCCAAGUGGCAAACGGGAACCAAUCCGCUGUACCGAGGCUCCACCAGCACUUUUAAGAACGUGACCUACAAACACAGGGAGAAGCACAAAGCGGGCCUUUCUUCAGAUGGGUAGACGGACCUCCUUCGGCCAGAGAAAGUCAGCUCUGCUUACGUUAAAGGUUAAUGCACUGUAUGAUUUGUCUUCCUUUGUUUCGUCAAAAGGAGGUUGACUUAAGAUACUAACAGGUCAUUCAGAGAUCAGUCAUUCAGGGAGUGAAGGUGAGACAUUGUUUGCAAGUUGGAAAUAAUCAAGAAAAGAAUAUCCCAAGCAAAGAGGUGAAUUCAAGAUCACUUGAAGAAUAUGAACUCUGACGCAUUAAUGCCUCAAAAAAAUCAUCAAAAUGAUUCAUGGGGAUUUGAUUUGCAUUUGAAAAAUGUUCAGAAUUAGAAUCUCAUUUGCUUCCUGAAUCCAGCCAGCUACCUAAAGUCUUUGUCUCAAAAAAAAAAAAAAAUUGUAUACCCACAGGAACCGCUUAUUCUGAACUUGCAGAAGGUCUAUUUCCUAUUUCCUGAAGGAAUUUGUUUCUUUGGUUGGUUUGUUGGUCGGGUUUUUGUUUGUUUUUGUUUUUGUUUUUGAGAAAGGGUGUCUCUGUGGCUGCUCUGGAAUUGACCAGGCUGCCUGGCCUUGAACUGGGAAAUGAUCUGCUUGUUUCUGCCUCUUGAGUGCCGGGAUUAAAGAUGUGACAUGUCAUGCUCAGUGACCUUAACUUUCAUGUAUGAGAAAUGAGAGUCUGGUUUCCCAUCAGCUGAAAGAAUCCAGUUCUCCUAGUGAUCUCCUAAGGGAGAGAUUGAAAAUUAAAUGUUAAUCAUGGUCAUGGGUUUGUACACUUAAAAGUCAUGGACACAAGUAUUUUGUUUCAAAGAUGAGGAAAGGGUAAUUUAUAAAUUACAUUGCUUGUAACACUGAAGUAACACUGCUUGCUUAAUUGCCCUCUGGUCCCCAAGUUUCCCUCCUAUUAUUACAUAUUAUUGCACACAGCUACAGUCUUCAAAACUCCACAACUAUCAUACAAAGGUGUCCACCUUUAAAAAAAUCACUUUAAGUUAUACACAGAUCAACUAGAAUUUCAGGAAUAGAAAAGAAACCUAGGCUAACAGAGUAAAAGGCCACAUGGUUUUUCAUCAACCAUGUCAAGACUUCGGAAGUCCCUCAUGGAGUCUGCCCUUCCUAAAGGAUAUUCCUUUCCCAUGUGCACCACCCAGCACGUACAUCCCAGCCUCAGGGAGUGGGCGUGCCACCUACUUACUUUAAAAAGUAAGACCACUUACAAAAUCCAUGCAGGCAACAAACCAACCUGUAGCAGGUUGGAGGAAUAGUAUCUGGAGGGUUUCACUCCUUAUGGUUACUGCUGCAUUACAAAGCACUUUGAUCUCACUGGAUCUCCACAGAGAAGCUGAGAGAGUGGGCAGAAGAGCUCCUGCAGACUCUCUAGGUUAUAACUCCAAGCCCUUUGUUCUCUCUCAUGCACGACACUCUUUUGUCAGUAAAAUGAUAGAAGGAUUGUAUUAGUUAUGGUAUAACUAUCUUAGUUUGAAAGUGUACUGACACAAAACGAAUAGCACGCGGGUCCCUGGAAUGUGGGCCGGUUGCUGUAUUUUCUGUGCAGUGUGUAUUGCCUUAACUGGGUUUUAAGGUGAAGCCACUCCCUAGGUGAAUGGCCCCAUGUUAGUGGAGGCUUUAACCGCUGUCUGUUGAAUUGUCAGCUUGGUCAAACCUCCUUUACUCCUGCCAGAUAGGUCUGCGUACAUUUUCACAUCAUCUAGAUUCUUUCUUUUUUGGUUUUUAAUAACUCAGGUAAAUUAGUCAGUUAGGGAGGACAUGGCUAAAUUUAAAAGAAAAAUCUUAAUGAAUCUCCUUUGGGUCCCUGAAUGGUCCAAGACCUUGGAGUCUGGGGCAACCAGCAGAUGCACUCCUAGUGAUACGGUGGUACUGCUGCCUCUGAACUGUCUCUUCUGCUUUUGUGUUAUUGCUGGAAUGAGAUUUUAGAAAAUAGAAGUUUCUCUCAUGUGUGUAUCAGGAAGAAUUUGUUCUUUCUCUAAUUACCGUUUUGACCCAAGGCAGGACCUUGAAAGGGUCAAAACAUUAACAGUAGUGCUUCUGUUCACUGAAGAAUUAUGUUACAUGAAGAUAAAAUGGUUGUUUUUUUAAAGUGGUUUUAUUGUUGCGUUGACAUAAAUAAACGUAAUUUAAACAAUGAA